GAAAAAUGAAAUUCCAGAGCUCCUCUUCCAUGUGACAUCUCUUAACAUCUGAGUACUUGGGUUCCUGGGGCUUUGAGGCUGGGCUGCCUUGCCAUGAGGACUUAAGUAGUAAUUAAAUUCUCGAAGAAGCGCCAAGACUCCUUGGGCUGCCAUGGGGAUGUUCCGCACCCCGGAUGCUGCGUCGCGGAGGAAAGGAUGUUUAAACAUGACUCCGUCAAAGCAGCGAAGACUUCUGUAAGACAUGGAUAGAUGCAAACAUGUUGGGCGACUACGACUCGCCCAGGACCACUCUAUCCUCAACCCCCAGAAGUGGCACUGCGUGGACUGCCAGACAACCGAGUCUCUCUGGGCUUGUCUCAAGUGCUCCCACGUGGCUUGCGGGAGGUACAUCGAGGAGCACGCACUUAAACACUUUGAAGAAACCAGGCAUCCGUUGGCGAUGGAAGUCAACGACCUGUACGUCUUUUGUUACCUUUGUGAGGAUUACGUCUUGAACGACAACCCGGAGGGUGAUUUGAAGUUGCUGAGGAGUUCUCUGUCAGCAAUUAGAAGUCAAAAACAUAAUCCGUCAACGAGAAGCGGCAGGACGUUGCGGUCGAUGGCUUUGGGGGAGGACAUGUGCAGCCAUCAAAGGAGCCCUCAGGGACAAUCUCAGAUGCUUACAGCUCUCUGGCACAGGCGCCAGUCCCUGCUGGCGAAGGCGCUGCGGACCUGGUUUGAAAGGAGCUCUAGAGGGCAGCUGAAACUGAAACAAAAGAAACAAAUGGAGGAGUUGGAGAAGAAGAAGGAGGCGGCCAGGCAGCGGCGGCAGGAGAUGAAGAGGCAACUCCUGGAGGAGCUGGCAAACACUCCUCCCAGGAAAAGUGCAAGGCUGUUGUCUCACGUGCACAGAGAGAGCUUGAUUCCAAGGAAAUUCAGGGAGGUGGCAACCGCUUCCCCUACCUCAAGGCAGAUGCAGAGCAGCAGAUUCAAACAGUUUUACUCCAUCCGGCGUAAGCCUCUGAUGACUCCCGGGGUCACGGGUCUGAGGAACCUGGGAAACACGUGUUAUAUGAAUUCUAUUCUGCAAGUGCUCAGUCACCUCCAGAAAUUUAGAGAAUGUUUUUUGACACUUGAUCUCUGUGAAACAGAAGAACUCUUAGCCAAAACUGUGAAUGGGAAGUCUAGGAUGCCUGGCAAAUUGGCAAAUGGGCCUGCUGCUAAUGAGUCGGGGAAGACUGACAAACUGGGAUCAUACGGCACGCAGGGCUUGCCAGCUGGCUUAAAUGGUGGCUCCUCAAUAAGCAGGAGUUUAGAACUAAUACAGCCCAAGGAACCGAGUUCAAAGCACAUCUCCCUCUGUCACGAAUUGCACACCCUCUUCAGAGUGAUGUGGUCUGGCAAGUGGGCUCUGGUGUCCCCCUUUGCCAUGCUGCACUCCGUGUGGAGCCUGAUCCCGGCGUUCCGAGGUUACGACCAGCAGGACGCUCAGGAAUUUCUCUGCGAGUUGUUGGAUAAAGUGCAGCAGGAGCUGGAGUCGGAAGGAACGAAGCGCAGGAUCCUCAUCCCUUUCUCUCAGAGGAAGCUCACCAAGCAGGUCCUGAAGGUGGUGAACACCAUUUUCCAUGGGCAGUUGCUUAGUCAGGUCACCUGCAUAACAUGCAACUACAAAUCCAACACUGUGGAGCCCUUUUGGGACCUUUCCCUGGAAUUCCCUGAGCGUUAUCACUCUAUUGAGAAAGGGAUUGUCCCUGUCCAGCAGACAGAGUGCAUGCUGACAGAAAUGUUGGCCAAGUUCACCGAGACCGAAGCUCUGGAAGGCAGGAUCUACGCAUGUGACCAGUGCAACAGCAAACGGCGAAAGUCUUCUCCUAAACCUCUUGUUCUGAGUGAAGCUAAAAAACAGUUAAUGAUCUACAGGCUACCUCAGGUCCUCCGGCUGCACCUUAAACGAUUCAGGUGGUCUGAACGUAAUCACCGCGAGAAGAUUGGGGUCCAUGUCCUCUUUGACCAGGUAUUAAACAUGGAACCUUACUGCUGCAGGGACUCUCUCUCCUCUCUUGACAAAGAGACCUUUGUCUAUGACCUCUCCGCUGUGGUGAUGCAUCACGGGAAAGGGUUUGGCUCAGGACACUACACAGCAUAUUGCUACAACACAGAGGGAGGUUUUUGGGUCCACUGCAACGACUCCAAACUGAAUGUAUGUAGCGUGGAGGAGGUGUGCAAAACCCAGGCCUACAUUCUUUUUUACACUCAAAGAACAGUGCAGGACAAAGCAAGAAUCUCAGAAAAACAACUCCAAGCUCAGGUGCCGUCCAAACACAGCGAUAAGGACAGAAGACUGACAUUCCCAUGAUGGGGAGCUCUGUAACUCAAUCAACAGUCUCAGUUGUUUGUUUUAUUUUUAAACCAUUGGGGUUCACAUCUUUCCUCUUGGUAGGAAAAAAAGAAAAAAAGCCCACUGCAGGAAGGGGAUCAAAUGGUGUUUGCUGCCCAGGGUCUGGAGAAGUGCAUCGUGCCGCUCUGGUACGUACGAUUGUUGCCAGAGUCUUGGUUUUGAAGCAUCUUGUUGUUAAAUUAUGCUCACAACAUGAAAUGAGAAGGUUUGAUGCUGUGUAUCAUUCAUCUCCUAUCCAAAAGGAAUUGCCUAAGGCAUGUCACAAACGAACACGACCAGAAAAUAGGAGCAUUCAGCUGGCUUCAAAACCCAUCAGUCCUUAGUAACGCUGAUAAAACUCCAGAAGGAACAGGUAUGGUACUGCCCUUUCAUUGUCAUUCAGAUUUCCAGGGUUUGAAUCCCACAGUCACCCAGGCAUAUCUUAUCUUUGAAAGGUUGUUGGAUAGGUGGAGUCUCCAGCCAUUCUUGCUGGAGAAAUGUUUAAGGUUCUUCUACCAGAGAAAACACUCCCCCAGGUCUCAGCCAUCUCUGUGAUACCAAUUUCUUUCCCACCAGUGGAGGGCAAACCCGUGCCUGGCAGGCUUUGCCAGCAGCUCUUUUUCUCAGUGUUACUAGGGCUGUGUGUACUCUUGAUGGUUUAUUCUCUGGGCUGAACUGAAUUGGCAGCUAUAUUCACCAGGAAUGUGAUUUGAAACCAGUUCUGCCCUGGAGAAAGUGCAUUUAAAAACAAAAAAAAACAGGAAUGUACCUGUGUCUCAUGUCUGUUUACAGUGGCAGCAAAAACCAAGCCUGUACCACAGGCUUCUGCUGGCACCACUUUGUUGACCAGGAUUAUGAAGUCUGAGCCUUGGCAGGCACAGCUGUGACAGCAGAGGAGCAGAGGCAUCUCAACCAGCACUUUUUAUACAAGUGCAGCUGUUUUCAUCAGGGGAACAGGGUGGUGGUGAUAUCACAAUGGUGGGAGACAGAGUUGGCUUCUCUUGCUGCUUCUGUAAUGGGAAUAUUCACUAAUUGGGGUUGUCACACGAGGCCAGGAGCAGGCAAAGGCAGUGAGGCUGCCCAGGGGUCAUGUUCAGAAUUCAGCUGUGAAGUCCUUCUUUCUGCUGGGGCAUAAAGGGCAGGAAUGUAGUUGAAGUCUCAAAUUCCAUGUCGAGUUUGGAAGGCUCCAGAAAUGUCUGUAUCUGUCAUCAUCUUGAUUUUAGAAUUCUAUGAGAAACAUAAGGCCUUAGUUGACUGUAGUCACUUCUCAGCCUACAGUUGCACCUCAGGUGGUUUUAUAAUUUGGGGGUUGGCUGUUCACAUGUCAUGUUUUAAUCAAAUCUGAGUAUGUAACUGCAAAGAGACACGUUGUCUCUCAGUCUUGUUGGUUUGUUGUUUUUUACAAAGUGGUUAAAGGUGAAAUAAUUUAAAAUACGAGGUUCUUUAAAAAAACAAAAGGGUUCCAUUUUCAAGCAGAAAAGUGCUGAAAGUGUUUCUCUUCCUUCCUCUUUUUUUAUUGUUGUCAGCCCAUCAGAAACACACUGAUAACCAUAGGUGGUGGUUGGAGGGGGUGAAGAGGUUAAGUUUCCCAAAUAUCAUUCCUCUCUUUCCACUGCCACUGCUGCAGCUUUUCAUCUCCUGUCCUGUGGGCUAAUUUGGCUGCUGUUAAUUGCUCCAGCCACUAGAGAUGAGCACAGCAAACCAGAGACUUUGAUUCUGUCAGAGCAGUGUUGUGCUAGGUCUCCUCUGUCCUUAAAGUUUCCCAUUUCUUGGAUGUCUGGGCAACAUGCUGCUUUUUCAGCCUACAAAACCUGUCUUUUUGACAAUUAAGUAUGAUUUUUCAGAUCAUAUGUUCCUUUUUUUUUUUUUCUUGGAGGCAAGAGAGUUUGAAACAGUCCUGUGGGAACUGAUGAAAGUUUUGGUUCUCUAAAUGUAGCAGGGCCUGGAAGGAUUUCUUAUGAAUAUCUGUAGAUCUGUGGAUUUACUAGGUGGGGAAUUUUUUUUUUGUACUACCAGUAAAUAAAAUUAAUUAAAUAAAAAUUCCACAGGCCAAAUUGAGAUCCAGUGCAAGCAAAUAUGACUGCUGAGUUGGGUUCAGCACAGGCAGGAGUUGACAUUCCUGAAAGCAUCAAAUUCAGGUGCUUGUGGUUAUCAAAUGCCUGAUGGAUUCUUUCCUAGGGCAAAUGCUCUGGGAAGACUGUGUCUAAAAAAAUUAAAGGAAAAAUAGAGCUUAACAUUGCCUGUUUGAUCAAAGAGCUGAAAGGGAAAACUGGUGGGUUUUCCCAUGCAUCUGUCCUUCCAGGCCCACCCACCCUUGAAGAGGAUUAUAUUCUUCUAGAUGGCAGUCCUGGUUUACUGUGGGUGUCCCAGUUGUGACCCCUCAGCCCUGCUGGGCCCCUCGAUGGACUGAAAUGGCUCAAAAGGCAAAGCAUAAGGCAGCAGUUGUGGUCCCUGCAGCCAGACACGACCCUUUGCAAGGAAUGCUGAGCUUUUGAUUCAGUUUUGCAUCACUGUUUGAAUUCAGGUAGCAUCAGAGUUGCCACGUGGAUGGAAGGGGGAGGUGGGAAGGGACGUGUGGCCGUCGCUGCAGCUCUGGUUGCCCCAGCAGAGGCUGCUGGGGACAUGAGUGGCCUCCCUGUGUGACCUUAGCCUCCUUGUGCUGAGAUGUGGAGCUACUGCAGUCAGAGAAAUGAUUGCCCUGAUAGGGAAGGAAUGAAUUGCCUACUUCAAAGUAAGCAAACCUGCUUGUUCCAGCACUGUGAGGUUUCUGUGAUAUUUAGCUUUGAUUUGGAAGCGACAGCGUACAGCGGUUUUUAUGCUGUUUUGUUUAUAUUUGUCUACUGCAGGCUUCUUUCUAUAAGCACAGCCCAGUGCUCCCUCCGUGGCAGACACUGUUUUAUAGUGUCCUGUUUGCCAGAAAUUCUGACUGAAAGUUACCUCUCCACAGCAGUAAGAUGAAAAGACUGCUGGCAAUGAUAGUGAAGCCCACCCAAGGGUGUGCCCGAGCCCGGGGAGCAUGCUCUGUCCCUCCUGUGGUGGUGAGGCUUCAAAUCCUGCUACAUCACUUCUGAGUCUUUAGAGUAAGUCCAGGUGUAGGCUUCUGCAAAUACCCAGGCAGAUGAUGUGACUUCACUCACUUCAGUGGUCACAGUUGUGAGCUGCACACACAAAGUGUCUGCAGCAUAAAAACCAGUAUUGUGGUGCAACUGGGAGCAGAACUGGUUGCUCUGCGUGCUGGGAUUCCUGUGCUGGGGUCCCAGUCUUGUCACAAGGAGUCAGCUGCUUUGAGGGAUGCUCAGAGCAAGUGUGAGGUUCCUGGCACCUCUCAGGUCAUGGUCUGAAGGUACAGGAAGCCCCUGUCACCCUCCUGAGCGUGCAGCCUUUGGGACAGAACUGCUCCCAGGGGCUCCUUAUUCCAUUCAGCUGGUAAGUAAAUUGGCACUCCUGAAGUUUAUGUUUUUAAGAAUGAAGAAUCUUCAUGUUUUCAUGGCCAGGGAUGAUACAGCAUCUGCUGUGGCUGCUGCAAACCACUUUAUUGUAGCCAGCUUUAUUCCACUAGCAAGCUAGUGACAUAAACUUGCCUUGAUGUUACCCCUUCAGUGCCCCUGUUCCCGAGUUAAACUGAGCACACCACUGAGCACACCACUGAGCACACCACAGAAACAGUUUCCCUGCAAAGCACUGAAAAAAACUCCACUUUUUUUCCUCUUAUUAAUUCUGACCAGAACAAUUCUCUGGUCGAUUUUGAAGCUGUUCAUGUGAGGCAGCAAACAGAAUAAUGUGUAUGAAAUGCAUGAUGUCAGAUGUUCCUGGGUGGCAGCACCACCUCCCCCAAGGGACUUCCAGGCAGGUUUUUAAGUGGAGGAAUAAAAUGGAAACCAGUAAAAGCAUUGAGUGUGUCCUGUGGACUCACUGUUGGGAGGGUUUUUUUGCUUUUAGAAGGCAAAGCUUCUUCUAAAUAUUGUCUUGGUGGUAAUUUAGAAACUGUUUUAUUGAUUGUAACAUCCCCAGGCCUGAAUAUGCUUAAUUGGAUCCCAAAGAGAGACUAAUUAAACCUCUGGCUGUUGCCAACUACCCCAGGACCAGCUCCAGUGGAAGUCAGUGGUGUUGCAGAGUGAGAACUACAUAAGCAGGAGACAAAACGGAGAUAGUUUUACCUGCCAGUACAGUUUUGUGAACUAAUUUUGUAUGAUUCCUUAGAUUUGGUGCCUUUGACCCAAUAAUAUUUUGCAUGGGACAGAAACGUUGGGGAAACAAGUCAUUAAUUUCCCCCCUCCUGACUGAAGCAGCAGAAGUCUGUGUGUUUUUACAAAUACUCAGUAUCACAAACACCUUUACAUGUCCCAUCUGUAUGUGAAUGAGGUUACCAGCAAGCUCAGAAGCCAGUAUUGUAGUGUUCCAUGUUUGAAAUCCCUGUAUUUGUCAUAACUCAAAUAACAGCUUGUUCCAAGGCAGAUUGGAUUUGACUUUUUAAAUUUUCUUGUAUCAUCCAAGCCCCUCCAGUCAGGUCAGUAAGUUGACAUCUGCCAGAACACACAGCAGAGAGCAAGGAUUAAAAUCUCCAGUGGGGGUUUUUUGGGAAGCACCUCCUGCUACAAACCUACAGCUAAUUGCUGGUUUAGAAAAGAAAAUAAGAAGACAGUUCCCAUUGUCAUGGCUGUGUUUGCACAGGUUUCCUCUUAGCAGCCUGGCAAAUACUUCCACACAUGAGGAAAAGCAGACCAAGGUAAUGCCUGCAUACAUUGAAUAUGGAAGAGUUGUUUAAGGUGGCCAAGUCUCCCUUCUUCAAAGUAAGCAGUAAAAUACAAGCCCCAGCUCUGAACACUGCCUUUUUGAGUGCAUCUAAUCCCUUCAGCAGGUUGGAGAUCAGAGAGGGCCAGACCUGGGUUGAGAAUUUAUUGCCUGUGGGAACAUAAAACCUCAGUUCAGUGGGUUUUUGGGUGUCUAUUACAUUAAUAAUGAUACCUGUUGCAGUUGGGAAUGUGAAGUAUUCCAGGAAGCUUCUAAAUUUAUAAAGCCACAUUUAAAUGAUGAAAAGCUGCAUCCGUUAUUUCCCUGUACCAACUCCUGAUGAUUUGUCCUAGUUGAUUUUAGGGAUGUGCCUUUUAGGCUCCACCUCUGCUGUGCUGAUUGUUAUUUUCUGCUUCUGUGUAAGGGUUCCACUUGUUUAAAGGAUGGUGGGCCAAAAUUCUUUCGAAAGAGUUCCUCAGUCUUAAAAAUGAGCUUUGAAAUGGACAUUUCCAAAAGGGAGCAGAAGGAAAAAAGACCAGCCCAAAGGGCCCACGAUUGACUCCAACCACUGGUAACUGGUUCUGAAGUUUAUGCCCAAUGCAGAAUGUCACAGCAAAGUGUUGUACCCUUGGGGCUUUCCUGGAGCUGCCACCUUCCUGAUAUUGUGCAGGCUGGGGGUAAGGAAAGAGUUGGGAGGAGAGAAAUGAGCAAAGCUGAGCUGAACACAGCAAUGAGCUGCCACCCAGGGUUAGAAGGGACAGGGAGUGUCUGAGCAGGGGACCUGGUGUCAGAGGGUUGUGUGUUUUGCAGGCAGAGACAUGAACAAAAUCCAAACUAGGUUUUGUUAGCAGCAACCUCCUCCUGGUUCUGUGGCAAAAACUAUCUCAGAUCAGUAGUCUUAUACUGGCAAAACAAAUGGUGCUUUCCCAGGAGAUAGUACAGUUCCUAAGGAACCAGUACCCCAAAUUCCCAAGUUUUAUAAAGGAGCUACCAACUUCAAGCCUACACAUCACUGGAAAUGCUUUGCAUAACUGGAGGUGAGAAGGAAAUGAUAGAAUUGAGGACUUCACUUAAUUUGAUUUGUGAUUUUUAGUCUUGAUCACAUACUCCCAAUGGAGGGGGCAGGUGGUGAGUUUUAUCUUUUUCCAUGCUCAAGUGCCCUGACUUGUCAAACUAGGACUGGGGUAGGAGAGGCCUCCUCUUGUGUUUCUGUUCCUGCUUUACAGCUACUUUCUGUGUGAGCACGUCUGGUGGGGCUUCUGAAGGUUGCUCCUGAAGAGGAACAACCACAUCCCUUCAGGGUAGGCAGGGUGGUACAGUGCUUAGGCUGGCCUGAUUUCCCUGGAUAACCCUACCUGUGCCAUGGGGAUCAUUUUUGUACUCCUGCCUCUCUGUCUGUACCACUCUGUGCCACGUUGGGGGCUGGACAGGGUUGCUGAACGUACAGCAGGGUGGGCAGGGUGAGCUCUGCACAGGAAUCAUGUCACCACAGGCUCGUGGGGCACUGACUGGAAGGGGUAGCUGAGAAAUGAAGAUAACCACCCAUGAGGCUCAGUUAGCAGAGUGUCGGGACUGUGUAACUCCACACCUGAUUUAGGAAUGGCAUUUUCAUAGCCAGUGUCAUCUUCACUCUCUGUACAUUGAUUAAAUGACACUAGUAGCCCUGGCCUUCAAGGCUCCUUCCUACUGCUACAAGAUGAACCACUUAUUUCCAUCUGAAAGCCAAGCUUUCACCUCGUUUAUCAGCUGUGCAAACCACAGCCACAUCCCACUGCCAACCUAGAGCCCAUCUAAAAGAAUUAGGUCCUAUUUUUCUCCCUGCUUAACUUCAGCUUUGGUUAAGCAGUCACAGGCUCUUUAAGCCACAGCCUUCUGUGCACCCCACGAGCAGGUGACAGGAAAGGGACAAGUGGAUAGGUUUGUUUCCAGUCCAGCUUUUUUUCACAAGUCUGCCUUUCCAUAAAAUAAACUGAAACACAGUUCAGAAACUCAAAACAGCUUCUCCAAGAGAAGUGCUGCCUGGCUGAGCUCCCUUGGGCAGGAAGCUGCCAGGGAGGACCUGCUUCUGCUAAUGCCCUGGAAGCUUCACUCUUGACUUGAUUAAGGGCACAAUUCAACUAAUCUUCAGCACUUUAAAAAAGUUAAUCCCACUCCAAGUUAAGGUUGCUGGAAAGGUGCUGUUGGCAGAGGCUGGACAGCAGGUGAGUUUUCCCUCAAUCUGGAAUCCCCUGUUGAGAACAGGAGGGAAAUUCUUGGGUGAGGAACCAAGCUGGAGAGCUCAGGUGCGUUUCCUGAUUUAUUUUUUUUUCAGUGGCUUUUGCAGGGGGUUUAAGUCUGAACAGCCUUUAGUUUCUGCUUCGUGUUUCUGCUCCCGAGGCCACUAAUGACUUAAGCUGCUGCAUUCCAUGCUGUGCUCAUGAAUGAGGCUGCCUUUGCUCCAAGGACACUCCCGGGCAGCAGCAAGUGACAAGAGAAUCCAAUUAAUGACUGAAUGUUUCUGGCAAUCUGUCCAGCUGUCUGGCAGCUCAGCACAACCACCCUGCUCCUAAUCGUGGGUUCAGCAGCUUUUAUUUUAGUCGAGGUUUAUUAAGACAACACCCAGUAAAGUCACCUAGAGCAGCCUUAUGUACUUAACUGCAUGAACUGCCCCCUGCCUGACCCCAGGCCUCAGGAGGAGAUUAGUGUGCUCUCAAUCAAAAUUAACUGUAAAAUGACUUCUAAUGUUCUAAUUAAGCCCCUUUUCCUGCAGAAACUGUUUCUGCAUAACUGGGAUUUAGCCCUGCUGCAAAAGAAACUCAUUUAUUUACAGGAUGUUAAAAUAUCCGCUUGGAAAACAAUGGGUUUUAAGAAUCUUGUCUUGGGAGUGGAAUGAGUUUCUCUCUGGGGCAGGUAAGGGGCAGUUCUUGGUCAUGAACCGUGGAGGCAGAACAAUGUCUGAAACUAAAAACCCGUGUGUGACUGUCCAAAGAAUCUGAAGCCAUGUUGCUGUCCUGCCGUAACGCUCAGGGCUGGGAAGUCUUUCUGCUCUACAAACAGCACCUCCCAGGAGCUGGGCUGGAGUGGAUCCCAGGAACCCGCAGCCACAGCUCCCACACCAGCCUCACGGGGUGCUCUGUCCCCCCCCAGACUGCCUCACCACCCACCCCUGCACUCGAAAGCUGGUCAGGGUGAGCUGUUCUCUCAGUCCAGGGCACUGAAACGCUAUGCAACACCAAACAGCUUCUUCUUCCCACACAGUCAUCAUUCCUUUCAGUGUCCCAGCUUUAUCUCAUCCAGACCUUCUCCAGGACACCUUCUGGUGGUUAAGAGUUUACCUAGGGCUUGUCAGAGUUUUGUUUUUCCUUUCAGUAGCUGAUGGGUCCUGCUCACAACCCAGGACUGGGCUCAUUCCUUUGUCUUUCGGGUGUAAAAUAUAAAUCAUGUUUUUAUGAUUUUUUUGUAAAUCUUUACUCUUUUUACACCUUGUUUUUGUAAAAGCUGAAGUUUCUUAUUAAAAAAAAAAAAAAAGAAAAAAAGAGAGAGAAAGCAA